AUGAAAAGUCAAAGUGGCCAGAUUACCAGAGUUCUCUUGGACAUCACCAGAAGACCAGGAGCAAAUAUGAUAAAUUUCCUCAAAUUUCAAAUAUCCGAUAUGGUUUCGACUCCAAAUAAGAAGUUUGCCCAGGCGACACUUUCACAAGAAAGGCUCUUGAAACUCAUCAAUUCACAACUGUACAAGAAUGAAAACGGCUUUGUUAGAUGUCGCGGACGAAUUCGAGCCAAAACCAUAGUGCAAGGAGUUCUAAGACUCAUUUCACUCCCAGAAACCCACAGCUUCACCGAUUUCAUUGUUGAAGACAACCACAAUCGUUGUGGACAUCAACGAGUCACUGGGAUUUCAGCCAAUCUACGUCUGAACUACUGGAUCCCUAAAGGACGGCAGACAGUCGUGUUUAAGAUUUUGCAAAAUUCGCGAAAGUGGGAAUACGGAACUUUCCUUUUACCAUGA